GCGCACGCGCGGGCCAUGCUCACCGACCCCGGCUCCGUGCCCCUGGGCGCCUCGCCCGGCGGUCCCCGCUGCCCCCUGUGCGGCUGCGCCCGACCGCCGCGCGCGCAUCACUGCAUGGUGUGCCGGCGCUGCAUCCGCAAGAUGGACCACCACUGCCCCUGGGUCAACAACUGCGUGGGCGAGGACAACCAGAAGUACUUCCUGCUCUUCACGCUCUACACGGCGCUGGGCUCGCUGCACCUGCUGCUGCUGCUCGCCGUCCCGGCCCUGCGCGGCUACGCGCGCGGGGAGUGGGACUCGCACAGCACCCUGACGCCGCGCGCCUCCCUCGUCUUCCUCCUCCUGGUGGCCCUGAAGGGCUUCCUCUUCGCCUCGGCGAUGUUCGCCACCCAGAUGCACGCCAUCUGCACCGACCGGACCAGAAUCGAGCAGCUGCAGAGGGAGGGGGCCGAGCAGGGCCGCGGGUCCACGUGGAUGAACGUGAAGGCCGUCCUGGGCCACCCCCUCUCCCUGGCCUGGAUCAGCCCCUUUGCCUCCCCGCAAGCUCAGAGGGCCCGUGGGCCCCUCGGUGUGGUCUGACACUCUCCCGUGCAAACUCAGCCACCAUCUGCUGAGUCCCCGGCACGUGCCUGGGGCAGAGUUUCCACAAGCAGUCACCUUGUUUCCUGUCCACGGACAAGAC